AUGACUUCACAGAUAGAACGUCUCCCUGUGGAGCUGUUCGAGCUCGUUGCUGCCAGUCUGGAACUACUGUCCUGCAAGAACCUCCGUCUGACUUCCCAGAGGCUGCGUUUCCUGAUUCAUCCACUCUUUGUAGAAUGCGCCUUCUCCCGACUAAAGACUACUCUCGGCUCGCCCUCCCUUGGUCGUCUCGUCAAUGUGUCACGGUGUGAAAAUCUUCGGGGUGCUGUCAAAGUCCUGCAGAUCCAGCUUCUGACCUCCAGUGACUAUCACACGCUCGCUGCUAUCAGCCGCGUGGGCAGAUUCCCUCCACCCAAACGAUUUCCCAGGGUGCCUGGCAUCCAAGACAGACAUGUCCAUGACGAGGCAACUACGUUGAAAUAUGUUCUGGAAAGCAGAUAUCCGACACGGCUCUACGAUAGCCUUGUUAAAGCGUUGCGAGGCUUCACCAACUUGGAGGCUGUUCACUUUUAUCCGAGAAAUGACCAGCCGGCUGCAUGCCGCCGCCUCAUCUCAGAAGACGACCGCUUGUUUCGUAGCAGGUGCUUCCAAGUUGUCGUCGAUGCUAUCGUCCAGACCGAUGUUCGUCUGCUCGAAUUUCGCAUGGCUAAAUGCAGACGCGGAACCGCUCUACACAAAGAAGCCACCCUACCGUUUUCGGUGCUCAAUGUACCCGCACAAUCUCUUCAUGCGUUGUGUCAUCGCUUUUCGCAUCUCCACACUCUCACAAUCUCUGUCUUGACCAUCUACGACGACGUUUCUCAGGUACCUGGCUGGCAGAAAUGGAUUGCAAGCAUUGUUGCCACAGCACCAAAGCUGAGAAAUCUGACUUUGAGUCUAGAUCGCAGUGCUUAUGUCGCAUCUGCAUUCCGAAGCUUAGCCUCUUCCUGCACAUGUCCCAAUCUCCAAGUGUUCCAACUCAUGUUCUGCGCAUUGCACGCAGACGAUCUAGCUUCCAUGAUCAGCAGUCAUUCAGCGACGCUACGACGAGCCCUCUUCUCUGAUCUUCGUCUCGUUACCGGUACUUGGUCGUCGAUAUUACACGCUCUAAAAGAGUGCAAAAAGCUUGAACAUCUACGGCUGAGCUCGUUGUCUGAAGAAAACCACCCGAUCCAACGCUUAGACGUACGACGGGAGAAUCGUGACAUGGCCGAUACGCUAGCCCCUGAGAACAGCAGCUCCGUUGGUCCCCAUCAUGUCGUGGGCUUGUCGGUCAACCUGCGCGAACGGCUCAAUAUCACGGUACCCAGUGGAUGA